AUGGUAGAGGAGUCAGAGCUCGAGCCCAGGUGUGUUUCAGUAGAAGCGCACGUCAUGUCUCGCAUUGUGUUUGUGUCAAAAAGUGUCUGGUGCCAUUACCGAGUAACUAUUCGAGCACAUAGAAUGGACUGGACAGUUCCAGCAAAUGUGAUAAAGAAACGAAAGCCUAUCAGAAGAAAAGAACAGAAAAGUUAUCUCAGUCCUCUAGAAGUUCUGAAGGAAUUCUCUCAAGAGAGUACAUUCCAUGGACUGCGGUAUAUCACAAGGGAUUCGGCCACCAUUUUUGAUAGAUUAUGCUGGAUUGCCGCCACUCUGAUAUGUGCUGUGGUGGGAGUAGUGUUUGUCAUCUCGGCGUGGGAUAACUUCUCCAAAGUCCCCAUAAUAGUGAACGUGGAGACCACAAAUUAUCCUCUGUACAAGCUGCCUUUCCCCGCUAUCACCAUCUGCCCUGCCGUCAACGUGAAGAAAACACUUGGUGAAAACCUGCUGUCAAGGUACAUGAAUCGGACCCUCGACGAUCACCUGCAGGAAAGGUUCCGGCAUGUUCUAAGUGGCUUAUCGGUGUUCCAGUUUCCAUUCUACUACCGAGUCGGACCACACUUCAACCUGGUUAAUGAUCUCUUACAACAACUCAAUAGCUUUACUGUAUCAGAAUUCAUGUUGCAGGUACUUCCUAGAUGCCAUGAGGUGUUCAAAGAGUGUUUCUGGACAGGAAAUCGUGUUAACUGCUGCAACGUAUUUCACUUACAGCGCACGGAAGCUGGGUUCUGUUACUCCUUCAACUCUAUGACUUCAGAAAUCACAAGAAACUGUUCUGCCAAUGAUCAUUUCUUUUCCGACGGCGAAACCAAGGACUGGGGCAAGGAACAAGGCUGUUCACCUCGGCACAAUAUUGCUUCAGGCAGCGCUACCGGACUUGAGGUGUUCCUGGAGAAGAUUCCUGAAUGGGACUCUCUCGGAGAAGGGCAAAUUGACCCCAACGGAGCUCGGAUUAUGAUUCAUCAUCCGAAGGCUCCUCCAGAGUCUGGUAAAAGCAUAUAUAUGCCUGAGAAGAUCGCGUCAACUUUCGCUGUCAAGAUAUCCCCAGUGGUGACAGAAUGUUCUCCUGAGGUGCGAGGGUUGGAUAUGUCGAUUAGAAACUGCAUGUUUCCGGAUGAGCAUCACAUCAAAUACUUCAAGACCUAUACGCUUCAAGGCUGCCUCAUUGAAUGCAGAAUGAAUUGGCUCAUCAGUAAAUGUAGAUGCCACCCUUACUUCUACGACUUUGAACAGGCUAAUCUACGAGUAUAUAAUCCACCACCUGGAUACCAGAAACUGAAUUCGGAGAACGCAUCAGCAGUACUGAAUUGCUCCGACUGCUUACCCCCAUGCCACGACAACACUUUUCUUGUGGAUUAUGAUAUGGUUCCUGAUACUGACCCUACUACAAAGGAAAGCACUGGCCACAUUGACGUUUUCUAUAAGGAGAUGGGCGCCAUCAAGUAUCGCCGAGAGAGAGCAUUCACUUUAAUGCAACUAAUUGGAAAGAUCCCUGAGGAAUACCGGAGAGAACUUCAAAAGUGUUGCCUGUUUCAAUGUGUUUUGUUGCUUUCAGUUUCCUUUGGUGGAAUCAUGGGUUUAUUUCUUGGAGUCAGCUUACUGAGUGGUAUUGAAGUCAUCUACUAUGUUAUCAGAAUUUGCAGAGCAAUAUAUAUGCAUACUGUAAUUCAACGAGGAAGGAAACAAGAACCAGCGACAGUCAGAUUUCUUGUUCCAAAUAACAAAGUCUCGGGAUUUAAAGCUCUUUCACUUUUGUCACCCAUAGAACCGAAUUAUACCAAUCGUCGCCUCGUGAACAAUUAAAAUGUGUCGAGCAAAUUGUAAAUACAGAGAUAUGUAUUUUAUAAUGAAGAGUGCGGUCAUGUGGUUUGUAACGCCGUGUAAGUUGGAGGAAUCCCGAAUUACACUGAGUUACGACCCAGAAGACCAUAGCCACUUCUACGAGAACCUCAAAUCGAACAUACGGUAUUUACAGUGGUUCAUUUGAGAUUGUAUUUUCGAUACGAAAUGAUACUACGCACUUAUAAAACAAAGCAAAGAUCUCUCACGUUGAAUACGACCAUCUGAUUAAUGGUUUAUGAUGUACGUGAAAUGUUCAUUUAUGAUCUGAUAUAAAUCUGGCUUUGUAAUCUGUCAAUAUGGCAUACAAUCAAAAUGGCUGACUAAUGUACGCUUAGGUACAUCUCUAGCACGAAAUUUCAUCACAAUUUCAUACUCGGUAUAAUAUACAUGAAAUAGUCCUUGUAUCAGUUCGGGCACUGAUACAGUUGAACAGGUUUGGUGUUCAUAUAAGAAUUCCAAAAAGAAUCUUAAUAGCAGUGUCCCCAAUUCCCACUUCUCGCACUAAAAUAAUGGCACUAUCAUUUCUAAGAAAAACAGUAACACUAACUACACUGAUAUAGGAGACAACAAGCAACAACACGAAGUACUGGUGUGAUUUCUUGGUAAUAAACAACAGCAAUUCUUAACAGUUUUAUCGUAUGGCUUUAACGCUGUGUAUCCCCCUGAAAGUCAACCGACUCGUUGGAGGAAAAUGUCGCCUCCACCUUCAGUGUCAAAGAAGAAACCAAGCAAUAAACCAGCACGAGCAUAUUCGACCUUGAAAAUGGAGGCGAAUUACGACCAGACACCGGCUAUCAUGGUUUCACGGUUUUCCUUAGCCGUCCUAAGCGGAUACCAUGAAAUUACCUCGAUUAGGCUAUGAAGGCUUUCUACCAAAUGUUUCCAGUUCAUGAACCAUCUAUCACCCUACCAUCUGAUGCUACCUAGCUUUGUUAUAGCCCAGCUACUGACAGCGUAAAAGAAUAAACUUUAUAAAAAUACGAGCAAGUGUUGGGUCUAUAAACCUUCUCCACCACAUACAGCAAAUUACUGUCCAUGAAGCGUUCACCAGGCUUGAACCUUGCUAUCGAUUUAGCCAAAUGGAAAAGUAUCACGUGUAGCGUGAUCCAAACUGGACAUACAGACUCGGUUCCAGGCUCAGCUCUGAAACUCUGUAAAGAACUCGACUCAGCUAUCGCAGGUAGUGGAAACACUUUCCCAUCCCCUCACAUUUCCCUCUAGAGUCGCCUAUGACUACUACACAAAGUUUUCAACCACUCUUGUGAACUAAAGUGUUCCUUUAACUUUUAAAAAUAAACAGUGGAAUUUUCCGCAAUACCGCCCUCGGAGUUACGUUCUUCUGCAAUAACGCUCUUAGAGCUAAAUUCAUCCUCACCGUUUGUAAUUAUUUUUCCACCAGCCACACUGGCGGUACAAAACAUAGGUGUCUCUCACCUCACCUGAGGACGGAAACAGACCCAGUCUCCGAAAACUUGUGUUCUAUAGUGUUUAGGGAAGAUGGGCAAAGUCCAGAAAUCCAGUAAUUCUGUGUAACUCAAUGCCGUUUAUUUCUCGUUACAGCGUAAUUUGUCUGAGUUAAGAUAUUUUUUGUGCGGUCUUCCAUUUUUAAAUUUCUGAUUCAGGUACAUUGCAGUCGUAUUGUCCACACGAACUAUCACAUUUCCAUAUGUUUUAACCUGUUAGUUUCAAGUAUAUUCUAAAGGUUUCCGACGACGGCAUAUGACACUCAGGAUUACUGGGUUUUUGGACAUGGCCCAUCAUGCGGUAUUCUAAAUAAUACUAUAGGACACAAUGUUUCGGAAACUGGAUACGUUUCCGUCCUUAAUGUGAGGGGAGGGAGCCACCUACUGUGUUGGGUCCCUUAUAAGGGGCAAGUUGAAUCAACUGGAAGGAAUUUCACAAGGCUACACCAGUUGGCAAGCACCAUAGUGCUGGUAGUAACUACAUGCAGGGCUGGAGGUGGGGCGGGAUGGCAUCCCGGUUCUUUUCUAAAUGGCUUACAAGCAUCCUGUUACUUCUU